AUGGUGUUCUUCAUCUGUAAUCACUGUGGAGAAUCACUGAAAAAGCAGGUUGUAAGUAAUCAUGGCAUUCGCUGCAAUCGUGAAAUUAACGUAUCGUGCAUGGACUGCCAGAAAGAUUUCAAGGGUCAAGCGUACGACGCACACAAUGUCUGCAUCAGUGAAGCGCAGAAAUAUUCCCCCAAAGGAUAUAUACAAAAGGUAACCAAGGGUGUCAAGAAACAGGGAGACUGGAUCAGUAAGAUACGGUCAAUACCGGAACAGCACAAGGGUCUGUCUCGGGGUGUUAUGAACGUGUUUGAAAUCAUCAAGCGAAACGAUAAUACACCGCGCAAAAUGAAACCAUUUAUGAACUUCUUUUGUAACUCGAACCGAGGAAUAAGCAGGAAUGAUGUAGAAACGGCUUGGAACCUCAUAGCGCAGGAAAUUAAAAAUGAUCAGCAAACGCCGACUCAAACAAACGGUCAGGAAGCGGAGCCAGAUGUACCUUCCACGAAUGGUACCUCUGAUCCCAAGAACAACGGUGUAAUGCAAAAGGGGACAGAAAAUGAGGAUGCACCGAUAAAGCAGAAGAAGAAGAAGAAAACGAAACAAACUUUCGAGAACGAUGAAGUUCCUGUAGAGAAAAAGCAAAAGAAAUCGAAGAAUGCACCAGAAACCAGCCCGGAAGCAGAACAACCCCAACCCACUAAGCAGAAAAAGCGAAAGACAAAAGACGCUGCCGAAAAUGACCACGAAGAGGAAGAACCACUUUCAAGUAAGCAGAAAAAGCGCAAAACGACAGAUUCUUCACAAAACGGUAACGAGAAUGGAAAAGCUUCACCGGGAAACGAGACUAAUGGAACUGAUAUCAAAGCUGUAGAACAGGAACAAAACGGCAGUGGUGAAAAAUUCAACUUGAGCGAAGUAAUUCGCGCACUUCUCACUUCACAAAACAACGAAAUGAAGCUGUCCAAGUUAAAGAAGAAGGUUAUGAAACGCUACCAACAAGCUACUGGCGAAGAAGUGGAUGGAAAGUUCGAGAAAAAGUUUCAGAAAAAAAUAGCCAAGACUGGCUUCGUCGUGGAAAAUGAUAGUGUGCGACUGGUAGAAGCUUAA